ACCAUUGAAUAUAGUAUAGUUAAGUAAAUUCCAGACGAUUCUCGAGACGAAUAGCAUAACUUCUUAAAAACGCGGGUAUAUUAGGCCUAGCAUACAUAACGAUAUCAAGCAAAUUAUAAAUUGAGCGUUUUAGCGACAGAUGUACAAACAUUGCUUGCGCAUCCUGUUGGACUGUGCUAUGGAUGUUUGACACACACUUCAAUUCGCACAAACGUUUUUGAUUGUCCAACUGCUUCUUCUUUUAAUAACAAAACCAUGAGGAUCCUCUUCAGAAUCCAAAGCCACUGUAGAUGGUCCCUUGUCAUUGGGACUGCGUUGUUGAUUGGCGUCCUCAGACUAUUGCGCAUGAACCACACAGACAGGCACUGGAACACUUCUCCCUCUGCCCCGCCACCACAGUCACAGUCCACUGUGGAUGUUUUCAAGUGCUCCCUGAAUGACACCGUGAACAACAUUUCAUCCUCUAUCCCACCUACCCACCGUAACUUCCUCAUGUACAAACAUUGCAGGACAUUCUCCCGCCUGCUGUCUCCUAUACCCUGUCAGAAAGACCUCUUUCUCCUGCUGGCAGUUAAGUCCACAGCCAUCCAGGUUGAUCGCAGGUCUGCCCUUCGGAACACAUGGGGGAAGAAGGGAUAUGUUCAGGGUAAAGAGGUGAAACUAUUGUUCCUUGUAGGUAAGUCUUCAGACACAAUACAGGGUUACCCGCUGCAGCAGGUACUGGAGUGGGAGAGCAGAGAGUUUGGGGACAUCCUGCAGUGGGAUUUUGACGACAGUUUUUUCAACCUGACCCUAAAGGAGGUCCACUUCCUCAAAUGGUUCAGCCUGGAAUGCCACUGGGCACACUAUGUGUUCAAAGGGGACGAUGAUGUUUUUGUUCACACCAGCAAUCUGGUGGAAUAUGUUAAGGACAACAAGCCCUCUGAGCAACUGUAUGCUGGGAACAUCAUGUCUGGCUAUCCAGUCCGGGACAAACAAAGUAAAUAUUUCAUACCAGUGGAGAUGUACCCCGACAAGCCGUAUCCUCUAUACGCUGGGGGUGGGGGCUACCUGAUGUCAAAUCAGACUGUGCUGAGUCUGGAAGUGGCAGCGUCCAGCAUUGACCUCUUCCCCAUUGAUGAUGUCUUUGUGGGCUUGUGCCUACAGAAGAUGAACAUCACGCUGACGCAUCACUCUGGCUUUAAGACCUUUGGGCUCGAAAAGGGGGUGACACACUUCAACCCCUGCAUUUACAGGGAGCUCAUGGUGGUGCACAAACUGAAUCCCACAGAGAUGUGGACAAUGUGGUCUCUACAGCGGGACCCAAAGCUGCAAUGCUUUACAUCAAGGACGUGAGACAUCAGGCAUUGUGUGUGUAUAUCAUGCUGUGCUUAUCUGUCUCGCUACUGUAAAUUGAGAAUUCCUUUCAUAGAUAAAUUAUCCUUAUGAAUGGUCUAAAAUAGCAUACUUUCCUUUACCCAUACUUAUAUUUGAAUUUGAAAGUAUUCUGACAUUUGGCUUCCCUUAUCCUGUAAGUUCAGAUCAGCACAGACAGUGUAAGAUCCAUUUAAGAAUACUGAGAUGCAUAUAGUGCCAUUUGAUACUUCUGAUGAGGACUUUGUAGAAUGUUUCUAGGAUUCUGUAAGGUUGGAAAGGAGAUAUUGAUGGGAAACUUUAAAAACUGGUAUAGUGGGUUACAGAGGUAUUGAUGGGAAACAUUAAAGCAGGACUGAACUCGAGAACAAAUACAGGUUUGGCCAGAGUCUGUGGCUUCAGCCUCAUGAGAUGGUACCUGGAGUGCAGGCCAGCAGUGGAGAAUAACGUCUAUCUAUGCACUUGUAGAGCCACUGGGAUGCUAAACACCCUUUGGGCAUAGCCACGGGAAAUAGAGGUGCUGAGGGUACUGCAGCGCCCCCUGAAAAAACAAAUACAGGAGUAGUAAAGGCCCAGUGCACUACUUUGUGAAAAAAAUAACAUUACAAAAAAUAUUUGUUUGUCAUUUUUUGCACAAAAGUAGUGCACUGGGCCUUUACUACUCCUAUAUUAGGACUGCUGCGCAGGGAUACUUUUUUAUCUCUCAAAGCACCACCUCUCAACAUCUUCCCGCAGCUAUGCCUUCAGGACACUGGCCAGGCUGGGCAGGGGUGCAGAGUUGUUUUUUUCUAUUGGCAGGCCCAAAGGUUUUUAGGCAAAAUAACCAUAUCAAAUGGAAAGAGGUAAUAUGUCAGGCCUAUUGGGCCAAAAUCAAUGAUAGCCUAUUGUAUAGAUAAAAGAACAAAAAUGAACAAAAUAUUUAAGAGUUCUGAUUUGUUGCUUAUAAUUACUUUGCUACAAUGACACACUUAGCUAGCUACCCACCUCAUUUCUUUGCUAGCAUGUGCACAUACUGUAAUUUGAAAUGUGUUUAAAAGGUUCAUUUCACAUGAGCUCCUGCACAUGUUUUGAAACACAUAAUAAUACCAACAACAAAAAUCCAGAAAUGCCUUAUUUUUUCAUUUAUGUAUUUUCUAUUUUUUUGUUACAGGUAUUUGACAUUCAAAAGAUUAUGUACAGAAACUCAUAAGCAUCAUACCCUCUGUUUCCAAUAUUUUAUAUGGUCAUUUAAUGAUGCAAACUUUGAAAGGCAAAAAAAGAGAACGCUAGCAAGCAGAGCAUAUAAGACAGAGCACAAGCAGGCCAUGCCACGAUGAUGAAGGGACAAUUGAUGCAAGAAAGCAUCCAUGCUUAAAUGUAGAACUGUUUCCAUUGCUGCCUGACAAGAAAAGCCAAACAAGAUAGUUUCUUGACACUUGGGGCUAUAUUCAAUCCCUGUUCAAUGUUACAGCGUGGUUGAUUGUUAAAGGCAAUGUUUCCACGUUAGCGGAGACUACGUUCCCCGUAAACGCUGCAUAACCGGCUCAAUCGUAAGUGACCUUUUACAUUUCUGUGGCGCAAUCUGUACCGCUUCAGCGACUAGAUUUGGAUUUAAAUGAACCAGCACACCUCUGCUUCAUUUCUUGCAAUGGUUAACUGAGCUUGGACUGCUGAGCUUCUAGUAAAAAAAAGUUUAAAAAACAAUAUGGGAUUAAAUUGCUUGGAUGGACAGAUGUAGUAAUUCAAUUGUAACUGUUUCAUUCUAAAAUGAUAGGGGCAUUUCGAGGUAGGAGGGAACACAGCAACAGUGGUUGUCCCUUCUGCUGGCCACUGAUCUCCUCCCUGCUGUUGUUCUCUUCCUGUAAGCCCACCAGGGACUUCACAGAAGCAUCUUGCUUCAGCUCCUCAAUAACUCUUUACACUCGUGGGUAUUGGCCUAUAGGGAUACAUUGAAAUGUUUCUUACAGAAGAAAUAUGAAAAUCAUAUGCAUAACCAAGGUAGCAAUUGAAUGGGAACAGUUUUUUUUUUAGAUAAUGUGAAAAUUAUUAGACCAAAGGUGAGUACACAACACUUCAAUUCAAAUAUAUAUAUAUAUAUAUAUAUAUAUAAUUAAGGAGCAACAAUAAAAUAACAGUAGCGAGGCUAUGUACAGGGGGUUCCGGUACAGAGUCAAUGUGUGGGGGGCACCGGUUAGUUGAGGUAAUAUGUACAUGUAGGUAGAGGUAAAGUGACUAUGCAUGGAUAAUAAACAGAGAGUAGCAGCAGCGUAAAAAUGUGGGGUGGGGACAAUGCAAAUAGUCCGGGUAGCCAUUUGAUUAGCUGUUCAAGAGUCUUAUGGCUUGAGGGUACAAGCUGUUAAGAAGCCUUUUUGACCUAGACUUCGGUACCGCUUGCCAUGCGGUAGCAGAGAGAACAGUCUAUGACUAGGGUGGCUGGAGUCCUUGGCAAUUAUUUGGGCCUUCCUCUGACACCGCCUGGUAUAUGCAUUUCGCUUCACCCGCAAUAACAUCUGCUAAACACGUGUAUGUGACCAAUAAAUUUGAUUUGAUUUGAGGUCCUGGAUGGCAGGAAGCUUCGUCCCAGUAAUGUACUGGGCCGUAUGCACUACCCUCUGUAGUGCCUUGCUGUCGGAGGCCGAGCAGUUGUCAUACCAGGCGGUGAUGCAACCAGUCAGGAUGCUCUCAAUGGUGCAGCUGUAUAACCUUUUGAGGAUCUGAGGUCCCAUGCCAAAUCUUUUCAGUCUCGUGAGGGGGAAUAGGCGAUGUCGUGCCCUCUUCACGACUGUCUUGGUGUGUUUGAACCAUAAUAGUUCCUUGGUGAUGUAGAUACCAAGGAACUUGAAGCUCUCAACCUGUUCCACUACAGGCCCGUCAAUGAGAAUGGUGGCGUGCUCAGUCCUCCUUUUCCUGUAGUCCACAAUCAUCUCCUUUGUCUUGAUGAUGUUGAGGCAAAGGUUGUAACCUGGCACCACGCUGCCAGGUCUCCGACCUCCUCCCAAUAGGCUGUCUCAUUGUUGUCGGUGAUCAGGCCUACCACUGUUGUGUCGUCAGCAAACUUAAUGAUGGUGUUGGAGUCGUGCUUGGCCAUGCAAUCAUGGGUGAACAGGGACUAAGCAUGCAGCCUGAGGGGCCCCUGUUUUGAGGAUCAGCGUGGCAGAUGUGUUGUUAGCUACCCUUACCACCUGGGGGCGGCCCCUCAGGAAGUCCAGGAUCCAGUUGCAGAGGGAGGUGUUUAGUCCCAGGGUCCUUAGCUUAGUGAUGAGCUUUGAGGGCAACUGACACAAGACCGAAUCCAAAAUGACACUGUUGAUAUUAUGUGCAUUUUACAUUUACUGUACUGUUCAGUUGCAUUUGUUGAUAACGAAAUCUGAAAAUAUGACAUUCAGUAACAUGAUAAGAAAAAUGUGGGUUAGGUGCAACAUAAGACAAAACAAUUACAAGGGUUUGAGUGAGAGGACUAACUGGUGUUUCCAAGUGACCACAUGUCGCUCCAAGGCGUGCACAGUUCCUACGCAUUUUUAUGACUCAAAGAAGUCUUCAACUAUAAGGUACUUUUAUUUUUAACUGUCCUAGCUGGGCCAUUGAGGAACUAGAGCAAGCACACUUGUAAUUGUUUAAUUUGGGACAUAAUCCUGCAUCCCAGCAAUCAUAAAAUUACUAUUGUUGUUUACGCAAUCCAAAAACGGUCCAUUUAUAUAUAGCAAUCUGGGUCAGGAGGGCAUGAUUUGAAAGCUUGUUCUAUUGCCCACAUGACGAGCUAAAUGAUCAAUUAAGAUCUUACAGUGUUAGGCUUUUACAAGGCAAUUCAGAAACCCAUAUCGUCAUUUUGGUGCGCAUAGAAAGGAGACAUGACUGCAUUCAGGUGCGUGUGCCCGGGCUAAUUUUCUUCACAAUAAACAAACAUAGGCGCAUUCUAUUCAGAACCACCCAGGGUAUGACGCAUGUCAUCUAGUAACUAACUGUACAUCAAAUCUAGUGAUCAUAAACAUUGACCCUGUAUAUGACAUGAGAUUUAUGAUUUAGAAAUGUGAAGUGCACAUUUGGACUCACAGGUGUUUGGCUUGCUUGUAUGGCAUCAAAUAUGUAUUUAUUAUAAUCCUCAACGUCUCAUCUUUCAAAAGACAUAGAGUCAUCUUAAUUUACAUCAUUUCCCUCACUCAGACAACGACAAAAAAUAAAGUUGCCCAAUACCAGGAGGGAUGGCGGCAAUUUCUUGUUGCCCGGUGCUGAAGUUCAGAACAACUGUCAAUCAAAACAUAUACAGCGCUGUGAUGCGCAGAGCCAGACCUCUGACAUCACGUAUUAGUGCCCAAAUGUGUCAUUUUCAACCUGUAUAUGGGUACGAGUGUAAAGGGCAACACACAAACAAAUUAUUAUGAACACAUAGCUAAAUGAUUACAAGAAUACAAAGACCAAAUGGGAGAGGGAAAUAGAUAGCCUCCACUCUGCUAGCUGCUAGGAUUUGCAUGUCAAAUAACAUAUAUAAUGAAUCACACUGUCGAGCUAGUAACUGGCAGUACACCAGCACUUUUGUUUGCUCAACAAAUAAAACAACAGAAAAUGUA